AACCGCGUGAAGGCGUGAACCCAUCUUUCUCAUCUCCUUCGCCGCCUCACCUUUUCUUCUCCCCUCCUUUCCCCCUUAACCCUUCCGAAACCCUAAUCCCCCAAAUCCUUCACUAGCCGCCUCCAUCUCUCAUGGCGGCCGCCGACGCCGAUGCUGCCGAGGUCGAGCGGCUCUACGAGCUCGGCGACCGCCUCUCCUCAGCCAAGGACAAGUCUCAGCACGCAGCGGACUACGAGGCGAUCAUAGCUUCGGUGAAGGGUCACAGUGUUAAGGCGAAGCAGCUGGCGGCGCAGCUCAUCCCCCGCUACUUCGGGAGCUUCCCGACCCUCGGCACGCUCGCCAUGGAGGCGAUGUUUGACCUUGUCGACAUGGAGGAGCUCGCGAUCAGAAUACAAGCUAUUCGUGGGUUUCCUCUUCUCGGCAAAGAUGCAGCGUUUGUUUCAAAAAUUGCAGAUAUUCUUGGUCAGCUCCUUGCAAGUGAGGAAAAUGUGGAGCGUGAUGCUGUUCAUAAAGCACUCAUGUCCCUUAUACGUCAAGAUGUUAAAAAUUCGUUGCAGCCUUUAUUUAAGCAUGUGGAGUCAGGAUCUGAGAUUCGUGAAAAGAUUAUUUGUUUCCUUCGAGACAAAGUUUUUCCUGUUAAAGCAGAGCUACUGAAACCUCAAGCUGAGAUGGAAAGAUAUAUAACUGAUUUGAUAAAGAAAAGUGUACAAGAUGUAACUGGGCUGGAAUUUCAAUUAUUCAUGGAUUUCCUGCGGAGUUUGAGCAUAUUUGGGGAUUCUGCCCCUCGAGAAUCCUUUCAAGAACUAAUUGAGAUCAUUCAAGCACAAGCUGAUCUUGAUGCGCAAUUCAAUGUUUCUGACGUCGACCAUAUUGAGAGGUGGACCUCAUGCAUGUAUAUGGCUAUUCCUAUCUUCACGAGAGGUGCAUCUAGCAGCAAGUUCCUCAAUUAUUUCGCUAAGCAAAUUGUUCCAGUUUUCGAUAAGAUUCCUGAAGAGAGGAAACUGGAUUUACUCAAGACUGUUGCUGCUAGCUCGCCAUUUGCUGCAGCACAAGAUUCACGUCAGCUGCUUCCAUCCAUUGUUCAAUUGCUAAAGAAAUAUAUGCCUGGGAAGAAGGUUGAUGAUAUCAAUCACAAUUAUAUUGAGUGCUUGCUAUACUCUUUUCACCAUUUGGCCCAUAAGACUCCAAACACUACAAACAGUCUCUGCGGUUACAAGAUUGUUACUGGACAGCCAUCAGAUAGACUUGGAGAGGAUUUCUCAUUAUUUUACAAAGAUUUUACCGAGAGGUUAACUGGCACCGAAGAGACAGUUCGAGCAAGCUCAAAGAGACUAACCCAGGGAAUGUCAGAUUUCAACAAGGCAAUAUCUUCAGCAAAGACAGAAGAGGAGAAAGCUAAAAUUAAAGCGGAUCAGCAGAAAUCAACAACGACGAUGCGGUCCUAUAAUAACAUACUGGCAAUGUCACAGCCAUUGCAUGCGAAAUCCCCUGUAUUCAUGGGUGAUAGGAAAAUUACUCUCUCAUGGAUGGAACAGCCAAAGAAACAAGCAGCUACAACGGCAGGGGCAGGAGGGAAGAGGACUCAACCUGCUAAUAAUGGGAAUGCCCCUGCAAGCAAGAAGGGGCGAGGAGAGGGAGGAAUGCAUAACCAGCUUGUGAACAGAGCUUUUGAAGGGUUAUCCCGCGGUGGUGGUAGAGGCAGUGGUAGAGGGCGGGGCAGAGGAGGCCGAGGAGGGCGAGGAAGAUCGUGGGGUUAUCGUUGAGAUCAGCCAGAAAUGUAUGCAUUCCAAGGGAGAAGAGAUCAGCUUUCUGCUUCCAUUUGAGAGUAAUGGCAGAAGUCGUGUUUAUUUGGAUUGUGUGCUUCCCUGGAGUUAGCUUUUCUGUAUGCAGCAAGGUGCAAUAUAUGAUCCUUCAAGGUGCAUCACUGAUAUUUGCAGACAGAAAGCACUAGAGCUCAUACAAAGGAUGCUUAUCAUUUGUAUACCCUAGCUAUUGGCUUACCAGCCAUAGGUAUCAAUCUAGCUCCGGCCCUUUGUUAGUUGGCCAAUUUCACUUGUUUUCGGCGUUUGAUUGUCUAAACAGCACAUUUAAUUUUAGAAUCUGUUUCUAGAGUAUUUAUUUUAUCAUUUAUCCAAGAUUGCAGAGACGCAUCCCUUUUCUUCUUUUCUUGUUUACAUCCUCCAUCUUAAUCUGAUGAUGUGUUGUAUCGUA